CAUCAUUGUUCAUCUGUACGUUGUUGCGUUCGGUUGUGUUUAAUGUACGGAAUUAAACGCGAGAUUAUACUCUUCCUUGCGUGUCCAGUAGCUCAAGUAGAUUGAUGUUUUUGCGAUUAAGUCUUUCCAAUUCGUUUCUGAUAUCGUACUCAUUCGCUCCGAAGGUUUGCCACUUUGUGUUGGUGCUGCCCUAAUCAAGUGGAAAUAUUAAACUGGAUUGUGGUUAACGUCAUCGCUUCCUUAGCAUAGAAGUUCAACGCUCUUGUAGUUGACCGGAUUGCGGAGCAGCAAACCCCGCGAUAGAAUUUCUCCGGCGUUGCGUGGGAGACAGUGAAAACUUGAUUCGCAAACCAAACCAUCGGUAGCUAAGUGCAAGCCAAGAGAACAAACUUUUCCGUCAAUUAGCUUAGUGAGGAAUAAAUUCUUUAGGAUUUUAUUUUCGGUGCAUAUUUUUCGGCUGUUAGCCGUUAACUGGAUUCGUUCUAAUCCGUUCUACAGGCGGUGAAGUGGCGAUAUUAAAAUCAACAAGCAGAAAAAAAGCAUAGCCGGGAAAAUAAAACGUAGGGUGUGUUAAAACGGUGCAAAGUGUGUUUUUGUGUUCGCGCGGGUGAAGCAAACGCAAAGGAAGAGUUUUAUUGCCUGCCUUGUUUGCUGUUGGUGAAACUGCAAACAAAUAUUAUUUUGAGUAUUUCACGCCGCUACUCAUUGAACAGAAGUGAGUCGUGUCUCUCGGUCCGACUUUCGCCUUAUUCGACACCUGCGAGCUGCGUUUGCGUUGCUGGAAGUCGGGAGAUGAACUACAGCCGCUGAUUUCACCUUCCGUUGGAUUCAUUUUCAUUCCUCUAUCCAUGCUUGGUUCAUGUCGAUGAAAGCAACAGGAAACUCUCGCUCAUUUGUUUAAUGAAAUUGGCGCACAGCUGCGGUGGUGCUACAAUACGAUACACCCGGACGGUGCAGAAAUUUCAUGAUUCAUGCUAACGAAAUUCCAGUCGCCAGUUCAGAAGGCGCAAAAACGCAGCAUGAGAAUAUAAACCUGGUCGCAUUCUAGAGUAAAAGACAGAGAACCCAGAGCCCAGCAAUCACUACCAGGCAAUCCUCUCGUGCUGCAGCUUCAACCAAAUGUGUAGCUUGCGUUUCUAGUGGAUGUUUAAUUUUGUUGUUUCAGUAUUCUGAGUUUUUCCACUACAUCUAUCGUGACGAAUUACGGAAGAAGUGAAAAAGUGUUAAUUCUAUUCUGAUAAAAGGAGAUUGUGUCAAUCCCUUAUUUUUUAUUCAUAUUAUUUUUUUGAGUAAGUGCUUUCCGCUGAUUUUGGUAAAUUAAUUCAAAGUUCAGUGUGUGCUAGUGUAAACAGUGAAAUUGUGUAAUCAAAAAAUGAAAUCCUCCCGAAUGCAAGCGGAUUAUUGGGCAUUUACGACACUACUGUUACUAGCAGUGGCAGUUACGGGAGUCCGCGGAGGAUCAUGCCGGGAAGCUUCGUUGUGUUGUAAUGGCCGCGACUCGUCCUGUGUGGUACAGAAAGCUCCAGUGAAUGCGAUUAUCGAGGAUUUAAAUGAUAAACCGUGCUACUGUGAUCAUGCCUGCUUGCGGCUCGGGGAUUGCUGUGACGAUUUCAAAGCACACUGCGGUGUGAUCGAUUGCGUCGUAAGCGAAUGGGAACCGUGGAGCGAAUGCGAUACCGCCUGCGGCACUGGUAUGAUGUCACGGACAAGGAUAAUUGAACGUAAACCGCAAAACGGCGGCAAACAUUGUCCAUCGCUGGUGCAAAAACGGGGUUGUCAAGGACUUAAAUGUCACAAUCACCACGACCGGAAAGUGUUGCGAGAAACGGCUCUGCUACUCCCGGCGGUGCUUUCGAAGAGCAGACACGAGAACGACACAAGUGAUAUCCGGCGUAAUCUACGGCUGCGGUACAAAAACGCAUACAAACACAACCGGGGUAACGAAUAUUGCAUAGAAUUCGAGGUUAUCAAGGCGACUAAGGCAUGCCACAAGGACAAAACAUACAGUGCUCUAGCUGAAGGAGACCGCGUAAUAGUUCGCUGCGAUCUGGAGGCCUUGCAUGAAGACAAAUCCGCUUCUUUGUCACACGAUUCCGAAAUCUCUAACAACUCAAUCCAGGAUGACGAAGCCGACGAACAAAAAAGUGCAGACAAGAAGCCGAAGUUCCGCUGCCGAGGUGAGGGUCUCACUGGGCGGACUACCCGCUUUAGUAGCCUGGCUCUUCCGUCAUGUCGAGGCAAAUGGAUGCGUGUGACGGCUAAGCAGUUGAAAAAAUGCUCUUCUGUCGAGGCGGAGUACAUAUUCGUCUAGAGCUCUCGUUCUUCUAUCUCCUCACAGACGGUACAUGUAACAUUAUUAAGAAGGAAAAAAAAAACAAAAAUAACAGGAGCAAACACCAGCAAUGGCACGACAAGCGGCAGAAUUUUCCCGAUUUCGGUGCACGAGACGAAACGACACCACGUGAAAAUGACACCACAAAUUUAUAUCAUUGACAAUAUUCAGCUUUGGCGAAAUGCAGUAAAAUGAAAAUCGCUUGUCCCGCUCGGAUGCAUUGAAACAAAGAUUUUUGGAAGUUAACUGAUGACACUGAGUGAAAAAAAGAAGUAAAAUGUCUCCAGUUUAGGGAAAAUGCAGGUGACACUUACUGUCGGAAGGUUUAAACCCUUUCUUGAAUGCAAAAAAUGACAUCCUUAAAGUGAAAUUCCGUAUUUAAGUCUAUUGAUAAGUAGUGAAAAACGAGCGAAAAAUGGAAACCGAGUAAUGAAUAAUACAUGUUCGAUUCGGAUCAUGUCAACAGCAGAUUUAUACGUCGCUAAAUAUUAAAUAUUGCGCGUAAUCAAACGGAACGGAAGUAGGAUCAGAUAUUUUCUCUGAAUGUUCUAUAUUACCUUAAUUUAGAAUCCUUAUUGAUUUCACUCAUCGUUAACAUGCCAUUCAAUUGUGGUUGGACUUCGUAAUCGAAAAAUCUAACGAAACAGAAAUAAUCAGUUAAGAAAAGUGCCAUAUCAUAAUCCUUUUUUUAGAAACUGCUGUUUGCGCCUAAUAUCGCGGUAUCAGAAAACCCAAUAAAAAAUCAACCAGUGCAUAUGCACGCCUACAGAUGCGCAUUACACAGGAUUUAAGAAAAAGCAAAGAUUGUAUCACUAGGUAUAGUUUCUUUCAUAUCAGUUAAAAAUGUAAAGUAACGUUAAAUCUAAUUUAAA